UUGGUGAGGGUGGGGAUCUUUCGGUUUUCUGGUAAGGGAACUACCAUGAAAUCAUCUCUUUAGCUUUGAUUUGGCUUGGGUUUACUUUAAUUCCUCUUGGUUCUCCCAAUUUUUGGUAGCCCUGUGAGCUUCCCCUGCAUUGCCGCCAGCCUUCCCCCAACUGCAGCUCCAGUUUUUGCUGGAAAUUCUAGUAUGUUGACAGCCCCUCCAAGCCCGAAAUUUCAUCAAUUAAUGGCUGCCAUGUGUAAAUCCCGUGAGAUUAGUUACGGUUUUGCCAAUUUAUGGAAGUGUAGUACUGUUCAUCGUGUGAUUACUGUUCACGGCACUGUUCAUGGGUACUGUUCACGCACUGAUGGCCAACAAUUAAAGGGGAUUAAAUGAUUAGUUUGUAAUAUAAGAACAAAUUUGGAGAUGUUUGGUCAUAUGUAGAUUGAUAGGAAUAGCAUCGUGAUUAGGGGGUAGUCAUGGGGAUUUUACUUUUGAAUCCGUGGUACGGUAAUUAAUUCUUGGAUAUUUUGAUUAGGUUCUUGAUCGUUCUGUCAGUUUAGCACUGAAAUCGAGUCUUCAGUUUUAUGCGAGUGAGGUAAGUAAAUUAUGGUAACGCCCUUUGAUUUUAAAAGUAUAUUUUGACUUGUUUUGAAAUGGUGGCGGGACUAAACCCGUUUUACAUGAGCAUGACUGAUUUGAAGUGAAAUUUUUAUGCUUUUCAUUAAAUUGAGCAUGCCUACUUGAAAUUUAAUUGAUUGUCUUGAUGAUUUGAAAGCGAUUAGUGAAUUAUGAUUUUUCUGUUAACUUCUGCCUGUGUUUGUCUCUGAUGUGGUCAUGUUAUUAGUGACCCUGCUAGUGGGGGUUAAACGCUAACACAUGUCAACAUGUUAGUGAUAGAGCCGGUUCGUACGAGUGACCCUGCUAGUGGGGAUUAUAUACCAGCAAAUAGUGUAGCCUGCCAGUGGGAGUUUAUAACACUGGCCAUGACCUAUAGAGGAGAUGUCUAUUUCGUUCCCGCACUGUAACCAUUUUUUCGUGAUUACACUUGUUGGCAUGCUAUGAGUUUAAUUAAGAGCUAUCCAUAUUUACUUACUGAGUUAUCUCACAGUUUUUCCUUGUCCACCAUUUCAGGGAGUGAAGUCAAAAGGUUUACAAGGUCGGCUGAGUUGAUUAAGU